UGGCUGAACUUCAGAAGUGACAUGUCUAUGUAUUCCAGGGGCUGUAUGCAGUUUGUGGGUAGGUUAAGGUACCAGGUGAUUUAGACAUUGAACCCACAAAACUGUAGGAAGGAAGUUAGGGGCUCUCUGAAGUGAGGGUGUCCCUUUUAUGAAUCUGAGACAGGAAGUGGUGGUUUGGUAGCUUACAGAAGGUGACUACUGAUUAGAUCCAAGGCCUAGUAUCUCAUACACACCCAGCCGGACUUUGCCUCUCCGGGAAUGAGGAGGCCUGCUUUCUUUUGCCACACCUGGAAUCAAAGCCCUUCUCUCCAGGUGCUGUCACUCAGAUCUAAAUGUAUCAAGGAAGUGGAGAGAAUUUGAGGGAACUUGGAAAGGUGAGGGCCCUAAGGGAAUCCGGAGCCUGGGAGCUGGCAGUGACGAGCCAGGAAAACAGACAAACACCGGUUGAUUAGGUCUGAGGAAGAUAGGUUAAAGAGCCCUGAGCAAGGGCAGGCCUGCAUCAGUCUCCCAGCCAGUGUGGCCACAGAAGCAGGUGGCUGUCCUCAGCACCACACGCCUAAAGACUGCUUGCUGAGGAGACCCAGCCGCUUCCCUUCUACUGCAAUGUGGAAUUACAUGACCUUGCUGCCUGUCAUCUUAGUUCUGUGGGCUAUAGCUGGCAUCUGGAUUGUUUUUGCAAUCGCCGUGGCUAACGGUUCUGUGGACCUCGACAACGGCUUCCCCUUUAUCAGUAACUGUGGCUCUUAUGCUCCCCAGAGCUGCAUUUUCAGCCAAGUCCUCAAUAUAGGAGCUGCUCUAGCUGUUUGGAUCUGCAUUGUGCGUUAUCACCAACUCCGGGACUGGGGCGUCAAAACGUGGCAAAACCAGCUAAUUCUGUGGUCAGGGAUCCUCUGUGCCCUGGGUACUUCCAUAGUAGGCAACUUCCAGGAGAAGAACCAGAAGCCCACACACCUGGCAGGGGCCUUUCUGGCCUUCAUCCUGGGCAACCUGUACUUCUGGCUGCAGUUCUUUCUGUCCUGGUGGAUGAAAGGCCUGCCCCACCCUGGGCCCCGCUGGCUUAGGCUUCUGCGCCUGAGCCUCUGCAGCAUCUCCACCCUCCUCAUCAUAGCCAUGAUUGUCCUGCACUCCCGCCAUAUGCGCUCUGCCUCGGCGAUCUGCGAGUGGACGGUGGCCAUGCUGCUCUUUAUCUUGUUUGGUUUCUAUGCCGUGGACUUCGCCGGCAUCCAGGGCUGCACCCUGCACUUACAGACCCGUCUGGACUCCAGCCUCCCACAAGCGCCCUCUGGGCCUCCAAACAUACAGAUGGAAAGGGUGCUGUGACCUGACCCCAUGCUGCUGGCAGAGGACAAACGAUGGAGCCAACCCAGGCUCAGCCAACCCAGGCUCAGCCAACCCAGGCUCAGCCAACCGUGUGCUGGAGGCUGAUGUGGACAGUCUGAUGAACGCUCAGUGAAUUGGCCCUGUGCUCGGUGCUUAGAGAGGCGGCAUCCCGGCCCCCACCUGCCCCCGUGAUCAGGACCCCAGGACAGAGACACGAAGGCCAGGCGGCUGUCCCUGAUCAAGGCUAUUUAUUUUU